UUUUGAAUAAGAUCAAGCUGUAUAUGUACCAGGAGGGGAAUGAGACCAUGGCGGCGAUGAGGGCCAUUGGGCAGGGGUUUAAGGAUCCGGUGUUGAGGAUUUCGGCGCUGUUGGCGUUUUUUAUUGGUGUGGAACAAGCGUUUAUGUAUACGGAUUUUUCCAAGUUUUACGUCGUCUGCACCCUGGGCCUCCACCGCCUAAAUUUGGUCUUCUUAUCAAUGGGUCUCCUUCAAUCCAUAGCCGCCUGCACCCUAAGUAUGCUCUUACGGACGAUACGGCGCUAUUACGUCAUUUUCGUUGGUUUCGCCUUCCACGCAUGUCUUCUCAUGGUCCAACUCCUCUGGAAGCCAUUGGGCGAUGACCCCGCCCUGUUUUACGUCAUCAGCGCCGCCUGGGGCGUCUGCAACGCCGUUUGGGAGAUGAUGAACUUCACAUUGUUGACAA